CAUCAAUGAAUGACCAUUUGUCUUCGAUACACUCUUUGAAUUCCUUUUAAUUGAAAUCAAUGCAUGCAUAAGGCUAGAUUUUGAAAGAUUUAAUGCUUGUUUAUAACUCCAGGGCCCUCGAUCUUCCAAAAUUACCGCCGAAAUUCGGCUGCCGUCCCCCCUCGAAAAAGUAUCUUUAUUUCCCCCUUCAGAGCUGAAAAUUUCCCCUAAAAAAUUGGUUUAAAAAAUGCAAAAAGAUCGUCAAAUUUUUAAACUACGCGCCAUUGUGCACUAGGGGAAGUAACUGGAAUAAUAAGUAGCGUUGUAUCUAACUGUGUUAGUUCCCUUGCCAAUGCGCAUGCGCACUAAUUCAUUCCGUUGUUUACUUCCGUUUGUGAAAAAUGUCGCACAAUUCGAAAUCAUAUCGAAAAAAGUUAACGAAACAAACGGCGUUUUCAUGUAAGAAGAUUGACGUUCUUUUGAGGCAGCACGCUCUCGCAUCAUCCGGAUCGCAGAUCGACCGUGAGGAUGCUAGCAAGCAGGAUUCAGAAAGGAAAUCUUCCGAGAUUGCGUCCGAACCAGUGUCCGUGUCACCAACAGAAGAUUCUACGGAGAAAGGCUACUCCUGAACAGAUAGCUGACCCUAACUUCAUGCUGAUGGAGAUUCAGAAGGAUGUCGGAAUCAAGCAGGACUACCCAGCCAUGGGGUAUCUAAUGUUGGUCGGGGCUUUGAUCACGACCUCAACAGUAGUGGUCGAGAGAGUUUUCUCGUUAAUGAAUAGGCUGUGUACGCCACUUAGGGCUUCCAUGUCCCAGAAGACGAUUGAAGAGCUUAUGAGGGUCGUCAGCAUUGGAGAGGAAUGUUUGACUGAUGAACAAUUGAACGAAGCCAUUGCCUACUUCGGUAGAAAAAAAGAUAGAAUGGUUAAAUUCUAAGUUGACUGUUCAAGUGAUUGAAUUGAUGUGAAGUUGUUUGCAAUGUUACUCAGUGAUUAAAGAUUGUUUUAAAUGUAUAAUGUUUGUUUGAAACCUUUGUAGUUAACUAUUAAUACAAAUUCCCCUAUAAUACAAAUUCCCCUAUUUUGGGAAAACGACGCGAAAAUUCCCCCUCAAAAAGGCUGUGGGCCCCUUCCCCCGAAAUAGAGCGAGGGCCCUGAACUCUCAUGCAUUUCUUUUGCCACAGGAAAUAAACCAGUAAAUAUAAAAAGUAAUGAAAAUUCCAAAAAAAAUCAAUAUUUGAUUUAUUUCAUAGAUCAUGCUAAUGUGAUGUGUCAUAUUAAAUUUUGUUUAUACCUUUAACCAUGUACUGAACAAGUCUAUAGUAACAAAAUAGGAAUUAUCCAAUACAAUCAUGGCAUGAAAAUUCUCCACUUUUCAUUUAAAACUGAAUACAUGUACUUCAUUUGUGAAUCUUUGAAUCUUAUGUAUUAAGAAAUCUGAACCACAAAUAAGCUAAAGGCCAAACAAUCUUGUUUGAUAUAUCUGUGGUAUUUUUGAUAUUUUAUUUUAAACCCUUUCAAACGAUAUAAAGCAUGGGGUCACCAGGGAUCAAAAAUCACAUAUUUGUGGACCAGAUUACUUAAAUAGAGAAAAUGUUUUAAAGAAGAUCUCUUGGCAAAUGAAUGUUUCAAUACUAUGCUACGUCCGGCCUGACUGUUCUAUUGUUGUGCAUGAUUGUUUCCAGAUAGUGCAAGCCA